UAUGAAGAAUCACUUGCAGAUUUGAAUAAAUCGUUAAAGAUUAACCGAAAUUCUAGAUGGACAUUAUGCAUCCGUGGUGCGACUUAUUGUAUGUUAGAAAGAUAUGAAGAAUCAUUUGCUGAUUUGAAUAAAGUGUUAGAGGUGGCCCCAAAUCACGCAAAUGCAUUAAAGUAUCGUAGUAACACUUAUCGUAUGUUACGAAGAUAUGAAGAAUCACUUGUAGAUUUGAAUAAAUUAUUAGAAAUUGAACCAAACAAUGCAGAAACAUUAAGAAUUCGUGGAGACAUUUGUUUUAAAUUAACAAAAUAUGAAGAAUCACUUGCAGACCUGAAUAAAUCAUUAAAGGUUGAACCAAACAAUGCAGAAGCAUUAAGAAUUCGUGGAGAAAUUUACUUUCAAUUAAAAAAAUAUGAAGAAUCACUUGCAGAUUUGAAUAAAUCGUUAGAGAUUAAACCAAAUAACGCAGAAGCAUUAAAAAGUCGUGGUAAAAUUUAUAGUAUGUUAAAAAGAUAUGAAGAAUCACUUAUAAACUUGAAUAAAUCGUUAGAGAUUGAACCAAACAAUGCAGAAACAUUAAAAAUUCGUGGAGAAACCUACUUUAGAUUAAACAAAUAUGAAGAAUCACUUGCAGAUUUAAAUGAAUCGUUAAAAAUUAAUCCAAAUAAGAUAUCUACAUUAAGCCGUCGUGGUGCAACUUCUCACAUGAUGAACAGAUAUGAAGAAUAUCUCGCGGACUUAAAUAAAUUGUUAAAAAUUUUUCAAGAUAUGAUACGUGAGUCAAAACACGGUGGAAAAACUUAUCAUAUUGUUAGGGAAUAUGAAGACUUAAUGGAAUAUUUAAAUGAGUCAUUAUCAAUUGAACCAAAUGAUAAGUUUGCAUUAAAAAACCGUGGAGCAAUUCACCACAUUAUGGGCAGAUAUAAGGAAUCACUUAUAGAUUUAAAUAAAUUAUUAGAAACUGACAAUUAUCGUAUGGAUCUCUUGCAAUAUAGGUGA